AGCGAAAGUUUUUUUAAACAAGUCUCCGUUGUCCAGCUGCGCGUGCGCACGGCUGGCUCCUUUAUCAAACUUGAUGCCAUAGCUACUCAGACACUCCGCUUUGCCUGCGGUAACCCCGCCAUGUAGCCUGCGCGCGCUCAGCUGUGUCUUAUGGGGAUAGUUUAGACUUGAGGCUUGCGGUUCCGGACGUGGGGUGAGUUGCAGAUUUGGUUUUUGUGGUGCGCGGGUUGACCACCAUGCUCCGGCCAUGGACUGCGCAUUGGAUCACUGCCGUGCUGCUGUGUCGGGCUGUGGCACAAUAUUCCAGCGACCAGUGCAGCUGGCGAGGAAGUGGUUUGAGCCAUGAGUCUCAUCGCAGAGAUGUGGAGCAGGUCUAUCUUCGCUGUUCUCAGGGGUCUCUGGAGUGGCUCUAUCCCACAGGGGCCAUCAUUGUCAACCUGCGACCAAACAUAGAGCUGUCAUCACACAUGGCAAGUCUCCAUGUGUGCAUCAAGCCCCAAAUAUACUCCCAGGGUUCUCAUGUGUACCUGGAACAUGAAGGGGAUCUGAAACUGCUGCUUGCAGACGGGGAACAGGUUCGGGGGGCAGUGCACUGUUUCAGUUUGGCAGAGGGGGCUCUGUUUGUGGAGGCCAUCCCACAGUCAGACAUCAGUCGGAGGAUCACAGCGUUCCAGUAUGAGCUGGUACCCAGCCAGGGACCAGGAGCACACAUGUACCCAUACCUGCACCCUGCUUCAGUAACCUGCAAACCCUGUUCAGACGAGGAGGUCCUCAUGGCUGUGUGUACCAGUGACUUUGCCGGCAGUGGUAACUUCCGAGGUGUAGCGUCAGGUACAAGCGAGCACUCUCUGGUUGUGGUGACUGUGCGGCAGCUGUUUCAUCAGAGGAGUGAGGUUUUUACGCGGGGCAGAGCCAGAGGACGGGGCUGGAGUGGACGCAUCAAUGUCCCCACACGGUGCAGCGUGCACCCAGGAGAGGAUGAGUACCUUUUGACUGGCUCUGUCCAUUUUGGUGAGGCCUGGCUUGGCUGUGCACCUCGAUACAAGGACUUCUUAAAGCUGUACGUCCAAGCACAGAAAGCUGGAACAAACCCGUGUCAGAUAAAUACAAACUGAGAACAAGAACAAAACAAAUUUCACACAAAGUCAGUGAGCAGCACAUGUGAAACAGGAUCGAUAAUGGACAUGCUUCAAAAUUUUUCCACUCAUCAUGAAAGGCUUUAUUCCAUUCUCAUUAUGUUGUACAGCAGAAAAGACCUUUUGCAGCUAAUCUGCUGCACCCCAUUUGACUACUCUCGUAUCCUGCAUGUAUAAAUGUGUGUAUAAGCGGCAGUGAGUGUAUGAAUGAAUUGUGUAAAUUCAAAUUAGUGUCAAACUCAUUAGUAUUUUUACUGUGAAGAAGAUAAAACUCAUUCUUGAAAUGAAAGUUUGCUUUGUAAAAAGCUUUCUGUAAAAUUUAGGAGUCUUCUGACAGAAGUGUAUAGUAUGCAGCUCUGUGAGUCUAUAUAUACUAAAUUUGUGUUUUUUUGUUUUUUGUUUUGCUAAUAAGUCCAAAAUGUUUUCACAUAUUUACAGGAAAUAAAUGAUAAAUUAA